AUGGGGAACAUAAAUGAUUGGGAUGUUUACUGGACUGCCCAACCACAACGUGUACUACUUAAUAAAUGCAAUUCUCACUCAGCUUUAUCAGAAGAACUGAAAAUUCUAAAGAAAAUAUUUGAUCCUACGAAUCCUGCUGAUAAAAUUAUUUGCAACAUACAGAACGAAUUAAAGGAAAGAAUAAAUCAAAUUUCUUCGUUAAAGGUAGUGUCUGACAUAGUCGAUUUGAAAUUGGAAAUUGAUCAGAAAGAAGGAAGGCGAGACGUUCACCAGAUAACGCAAGAAGGACUCAAAGUAGCGCAAAAAGGAAUACAGAAUUAUUCUGAAGCAGAAUUUGAUACACAAACUUGCAUAUCUGCUUUUCAAUUUACAGAGGCUCGGCCACAAACACCAACAAAUAAAAAUUAUCAAGAAAUACAAAACGAUAAUGAUAGUUAUAAUAUAACUAAUGGUACGGAUGAUUAUUUGCGGAAAGCGGUAGAGUCCAUGGCGGGACAAGUGGAAAGUGAUGCGUUGAUAGUAGACGAUGUCAAUUUGGAAGAGAUUUUCGAAAAUUACCGUAAUGAAU